AUGAUUGGAUAUAAAAUGUCACAUCAAUCAAAGUAUUUUACUCAAUUGGUUAUUAGAAAUAUUUGUAAAGAUGUUACUGUCAAAGAUAUAGCUGAUCUUUUUAGAAAUUAUCAUUAUAAAAAAUUUUCUUUUGAAUAUGAUAAUAAUGGAAAAUUUACUGGAUGCCUAGUUCUUCAUUGUACAAAUCAUGUAUCUGAUCAAAUCAAACGGGACUUUGCUGGAUGUUGUAUAGAUGGAAAACUUUUAUCUUUCGAAACAAUAUAUUAUCCAAAUGACAUUGAUUCAGAGUUAAUUAAAGCUAAUAUUUUAAAAAUGCCAAAUAAAAUUGUGUCUAAUAUUUAUUUUAAAAUAAAAUAUGUAUUAACUCCACUUGUUUUUAAAUUUUUUUUUUAUAUUUAA